AUGGCGAAGUCUGACACGUUCUCCUCCGACGCCAAAACAGCCGCCAACACGCCUUUCUACGAAUCAAAUCCUGGAGCCAAAGCACACGUCUCCUACCACUACAACCCCCACACUUCCGAGUACCACUAUGGCGCCUUGCACCCCAUGAAGCCGUUCAGGCUCAUGCUAACCGACCACUUGGUCAGCUCGUACAAGCUCCACGAGAAAAUGGACUUAUACACUCCACGGCUGGCCACCAAGGACGAGCUUUUGCAGUUCCACUCCGAAGACUACAUCGACUUCCUCCAGAGCAUCACCCCUGAGAAAACCGCCAAAAUGACGGGCCAACUCCUCUCCCAGUUCAACAUCGGAGACGACUGUCCCGUUUUCGACGGCAUGUACGACUACUCGUCCAUUUACGCGGGAGCGUCGCUUGAUGCCACCCGCAAGUUGAUCAGUGGCAUGUCAGACAUCGCCAUCAACUGGUCAGGAGGACUCCACCACGCCAAAAAAUUCGAGCCUAGCGGGUUCUGCUACGUCAACGACAUCGUGUUGAGUAUCAUCAACUUGUUGCGAGUCCAUCCCCGGGUGAUGUACAUCGACAUCGACUUGCACCACGGGGACGGAGUGCAGGAGGCGUUCUACACCACCGACAGGGUGAUGACGGUGUCGUUCCACAAGUACAACGGCGAGUUCUUUCCCGGAACCGGUUCCGUGGACGAAAUCGGCUUGGGAAGAGGCAAAAACUACGCCAUCAACGUACCGUUGCGUGACGGAAUCGACGAUGACUCGUACAUCCGCCUCUUCAAGCUGAUCAUGGAGCCACUCAUCACCAAGUUCCAGCCUACCUGCAUCGUGCAGCAAUGUGGUGCCGAUUCGCUUGGUUAUGAUCGGUUGGGGUGCUUCAAUCUCAACAUCCGUGCCCACGGAGAGUGUGUCAAGUUCAUCAAGUCGUUCGGAAUCCCCAUGUUAGUGCUUGGAGGCGGUGGCUACACUCCCAGAAACGUUUCUCGGCUUUGGUGCUACGAAACGUCGGUUUUGAACGACGUCACCUUGGACCACAAAAUCCCCAACUAUCUUCCCACCUACGAUUGGUUUGGUCCCGACCACUCGUUGCACCCUCAAUUGGAAGGGCGGAUCGAUAACAAAAACUCGAAAAAGUACCUUGAGAGUGUCAAACAGGAGAUUUUGGAGCAAUUACGGUACCUCAACCAUGCGCCGUCGGUUCAGAUGAGCGAAAUUCCCCCUGAUUUGACUGGUCUUACUGAUGAGGAGGAGGAUGCUAUACGGGAUCUCAACGAGGACAUGGGAGUAGACCAGAAAUCGUGA